CUAAAAAAAUUCUUCUUCUUCUUCUUCAAAUUUCAACUCCGUCAAUGGCUUACGGCGACGACGCUUCGACCUUAGAUUUCAUCAGACAACACCUUCUCAGCGACUUCAACUCCAUUGAAGCCUUCGCUUCAAAUCUCGAUUUCAUCAACAAUAAUGGACUCACACCUCAAAUCCCCGCUGCCCCUUCAAAGAUCGGUCACCGCCGUCCCUCUCUCAACGUCAUGAUUCCACCCAAGACCCACUCUGUCCAAUCCCCUGCGGCAGCGACGGCGACGGUUACGACAUCUUCUGAGGUAAAAUCCGAUGUGGGCCUGAGUCAGCAUUACAGGGGGGUUCGCCGGCGGCCAUGGGGGAAGUUUGCAGCGGAGAUUCGGGACCCCAACAAACGUGGAGCUCGUGUUUGGCUUGGAACUUACGAUACCGCAAUUGAAGCUGCCAAAGCUUAUGAUAGAGCUGCUUUUAAGAUGAGAGGAAGUAAGGCGAUUUUGAAUUUUCCUCUUGAGGCUGGAAAGGAAGCAGAGGAGCCGCCGUCCACGGCAGCUGUUGGCCGGAAAAGGAGGAGGGAGAGUGAGGUUGGGGAAAUGGAGAAUAAGGUUGUGAAGAAGGAGGAGUCGUCGGAAACAAAUGAAAUCGGAGUUCCGGCGGCCAUUUGUCCUCUAACGCCGUCUUGUUGGGCGCCGGUUUGGGACAAUGAUGGGAAGGGGAUCUUCAGCGUGCCGCCGUUAUCGCCUCAUCCGUUAAUGGGAUAUCCUCAAUGCACCGUCACAUAAAAUUUCUCCAAAAAAAAAAAUACUCGUUAACUUAGUGAUGGUGAAUUCGAUCCUUAUCCAAGUUAACGAGAUAUAUAUAUAUAUAUAUAUAUAUAUGUUUGAAGGGGUUUGAUUUGU